AUGGCUGACAACAACAACAAUUCUGCAUCUGGGUCUUCGAACGAAAACCCAGAUCAUGAUUCUGAGACAAACCCAAUUCUCAAGGAAGAUGGCUCACUCUCAACUAUAGUCCGUAGGUUUCAGGACUCGAUUUCUUCAGGCAAGACACACAAGUUUUGGGAAAGCCAACCUGUUGGUCAAUUCAAAGACAUUGGCGACUCAAGUUUGCCUGAGGGUCCUAUUGAGCCUCCAACCCCACUCUCUGAAGUUAAACAAGAACCAUACAAUCUCCCUAGUCAGUAUGAAUGGACCACCUGUGACAUGGAAGCUGAUGAGACUUGCAAUGAGGUGUACAAUCUCUUGAAGAACAACUAUGUUGAGGAUGACGAGAACAUGUUUAGGUUUAAUUACUCACAGGAGUUUCUUGCAUGGGCUUUGCGCCCCCUGGUUAUUAUCGAAGCUGGCACAUUGGGGUUCGUGCCAAAGCUUCGAAGAAGCUUGUUGCUUUUAUAA